AUUACACUUUAUUAAUUUCUGUGUCCUCAGAUGAAAUGAAGAGAAUAGUACUAGAAUAACCACAGAUGAAAAAGAGGAAAUGCAAGGAGGAAAUUUCACCAUUUGGAGUAUUUUUUUCCUGGAGGGAUUUUCCCGAUAUCCAAGGUUAGAGGUGGUUCUCUUUGUCUUCAGCCUUGUGAUGUAUCUGAUAACUCUCUUGGCCAAUAGCACUCUUAUUUUAAUCAUCGUCCUAGAUUCACGCCUUCAAACACCCAUGUACUUGUUCCUUGGAAAUCUCUCUUUCAUGGAUAUCUGUUACACAUCUGCCUCUAUUCCUACUUUGCUGGUGAACUUGCUGUCAUCGCAGAAAACUAUUAUCUUUUUUGGGUGUGCUGUGCAGAUGUAUCUGUCCCUUGCCAUGGGCUCCACAGAGUGUGUACUCCUGACUGUGAUGGCAUAUGACCGUUAUGUGGCCAUUUGCAACCCGCUGAAAUACUCCAUCAUCAUGAACAGGUGGGUGUGCGUGCAGAUGGCCAUGGUCUCCUGGGUGACGGGCUGUCUGACCGCCCUGUUGGAAACCAGUUUCGCCCUGAAAAUACCACUUUGUGGGAAUCUCAUUGAUCACUUCACUUGUGAAAUUCUGGCGGUGCUAAAGUUAGCUUGCGCAAGUUCUCUGCUCAUGGACACAAUCAUGCUGGUGGUCAGCAUUCUCCUCCUGCCCAUUCCAUUGCUCUUAAUUUGCAUCUCAUACAUCUUCAUCCUUUCUACUAUUCUGAGAAUCAGCUCUGCAGAGGGAAGAAACAAAGCUUUUUCUACUUGUGGUGCCCACUUGACUGUGGUGAUCUUGUAUUAUGGGGCUGCUCUCUCCAUGUACCUAAAACCUUCCUCAUCGAACUCACAGAAAAUAGACAAAAUCAUCUCAUUGCUUUAUGGUGUGCUUACUCCUAUGUUGAACCCCAUCAUUUACAGCUUAAGAAAUAAGGAAGUCAAAAAUGGUAUGAAAAGACUGCUGGGAAAAAUACCAUUGCUUCAAACACAUGAACAUCCCUGA